GCCUUUAUGCGCAUGCUCUGCCGCCUCGGGGUAGUAGGGAGGACACGACGCUAUCAUGGAAGACGCUGCGACGCCUGGGCUGACCGAAGGAGUCACAGAAAACCGAGUUCAGUUGGCUGCAGGUCGGGGAGGAGCCCUGGUGGAGCUCACGCCAACCCCCGGCGGCCUGGCCCUGGUGAGCCCCUACCACACCCACCGGGCCGGGGACCCCUUAGACCUCGUGGCGCUCGCAGAGCAGGUGCAGAAGGCUGAUGAGUUCAUCCGAGCAAAUGCCACCAACAAGCUGACAGUCAUAGCCGAGCAAAUCGAACAUUUGCAAGAACAAGCCAGGAAGGUAUUGGAAGAUGCUCGCAGAGAUGCUGACUUGCACCAUGUGGCUUGUAAUAUAGUGAAAAAACCUGGCAACAUUUACUACCUUUAUAAACGGGAGAGUGGUCAGCAGUAUUUUUCCAUUAUUUCUCCAAAGGAAUGGGGGACAAGCUGUCCACAUGACUUCCUUGGUGCCUACAAGCUACAGCAUGACUUGUCCUGGACUCCGUAUGAGGACAUUGAGAAGCAAGAUGCUAAAAUCAGCAUUGUGAACAAGUUGCUAAGCCAGCCAGUGGCUCUGCCUUCAAGCACUGAACCCAGCUUCCAGGGGUUCAAUUCCACUGAGAGUGGACUCUGACAAACACUGUCACGACAAGGACCAGUCACCUCCUUGUUGCUCCAGUCUCUGCCUUGAUGGGAAGUGGCAUGUAGGUGAAUCAUGAACUUCUUGGAAGGCAAUCCUCUGUGAAUGUAAAUGCUGUCGUUACUACUUUUAGUUGGGAUGAUGAAGAAUCAUAUCAGUCUUUUUGGGGAUCCUUUCUUGGUCACAGAUAUGAAACCAGUCAGUUGCAUAGCACUGGCCGGUGUACUUUCUUUCUUCAUUAUCUCCAUCUGUUCUCCCAUAAGUCACACUAUUAGAGAAAGAAGAGUUUCUUCUUUCCACAAAAAGGUUAGCGAGUCAUUUCCCAGAGAGGACUGUUGUUAGCCUUUUUGUAACUGAAAGUGUUUAAAAUUAGGGUUGAGGCUAUUUAACAGUUGGUAUAACCCCAGCUUCAAAUUCAUCUGGGAACCAGAAUAUUGGGUGCUGGAGGAUGAUAAACAACUUGGCUUGGCUAGUGAGAGAGGGUGUGUGAUUCUGGUAUUUCUGCACUGUUGAUGAGGUUUGGCUUGCCCCAUUCUGCUCUGUCGAGCUAGGAUGCCUGGAGAAACUGAGGCAGCAGCAAUGGCCAGGUUUUGGGUUUUGGUCAGGUUCAGCCUCUAAACUCACAGAAUUUUAGACUUGGAAGAGAUGUUGGAGGCUGCUGCUAACCAUGGUAUGAAUCCACUCUCUAGCCUCACCGAGCUGGAGAUCCAGAGAUCAGCCAUCUGCAGCGCGAAAAUCCACUAAAUGGCAACUUCAGAAUAUUAUGGAAGAGAAAAUAGUGCAGCGGGUGAGAAACAAGAAAAACAGCCAGCCUGUUGAUUAGGAGUUAACUCAGAUUAAAACUCAUUUUGACCUGGAUUAUUAAGGAACUUAGAGGCUCUUUGGCUGAGUUUUUUAUGCUGAUUCUGACUGAGCUCUUGUGGGAUUCUACCUCACUACUUGUCUGUUCAGUGGAAUUACCUAAUUGACCAUGUAUCCAGCAUUGCUUUACUUCCCCUCAGUGCCAUAUAAUCUAUCACAACAUGCGGUAAAAGGAGAGAUGUGUGCUCGAAACCACGACUGCUCAGGUUCCUUUCUGGGGAUGAAUGUCUCUUGUGCUGGUCUGCUUGGUAAUACCACAACCUCAUCCUGGUGUUCAUGGCCUUUCCUUACAAGCUGCAUUCCUCGUGAGCUGUAAGUGGUUGGCCAGGGCCAAGCACAGGUGGGGCUGGAUCCUGACAAGGUCACACAGAUGGUACUUGGUCGCUCAGUUCACAGGGUGAGAUGCUCCAGGGAAUGGGACACACACACACUAGUACAGUAGUUGACUCUAACUAUGGAAAGCUUCCCAGGUUUUCAGAAAGUUCUCACUUGCAUGGUAAUAGCCCAUUUUGAGUAGGUGUUUUAUUAUCUAUUGCUGUAUAAAUUACCACAAACUUAGUGGCCUAAAACAGUACCCAUUUAUUAUUUCAUAAUUUCUGUGGGUCAGAAGUUCAGGUACUGGGUCCUCUGCUUCAGGGUUUCUUAGAAGGCUGCUGUCGAAUUACUUGCCAGGCCUGUGCCCUCAUCUGAAGGGAGGGAAUGACCAAAGAGCUUGAAUACCAGAAGGCAGAAACCGUUGAAUCUUAGAACCUGUCUCCCAUAGUGCUCAGUUGAGAGGGAGAAAGGAAAAGUUGUGGGUAAAAGAGGCAAAAUUACAGUGGUUAAGUUGGUGGUGUUGGAGUCACAGAUUUGGAUGUGGCUCUCUGCUCGGACAAAAUAUCCUCCCCGCUGUUGUCCCUGCUUCCUCCUCUGUUCCUGUCUCCAGUCCAUUCUGCAUAAAGUCAUCAGCUUGAUCUUUUGAAAAUGCAAACCCACCUCACUCUUUUUUUUUUAACUUUGUUACAAAGAAUAUUGCAUUUUAAAUUGUUGUGAAUGCUGCUACAAAUCCACCUUACCCUUGACAGUUCCUAGGCACUGGAGCAGAAAUAAGCAGUGAUUCAAAAGCAAACUUUCAGAGCGGUGGAUGUAGCUCAGUGGUAGAGCACAUGCUUAGCAUGACCAAGGUCCUGGGUUCAAGUUCCAGUACAUCCACUUAAAAACAACAAGAACCAAAAAAAACCAAAAAACUAAAUUAAAAACUUUUUGUUCUGUAAGGUGUGCUCCCUACACUGACCACCAGGUGGUGCCAUUGUACUUUCCUGGUUAAGCCAAUUCCCAAACUUAGGGAAAGUGAGUGGCAUUGUGAAGUGAUUUUGGAGGUAGCAUCUCAGAAUGGGGGACUAGGACCCAGUGGUUAUGUACAGUAACCAUUUUUCAUUUACCUGUCCAUCUAUCCAUCCAGUUAUUAAAGAAGUGCCUUCUGGGUUGCAGAUUUUUGAGAAUAACACAGCUAAAUAAGACAGGUCCCUAUUUCCAAGAAGCUCACUGUCUAGUGGAGGGGAAAGCAAGUCAGUCAUUACAACAUGGUAUAAGAAGGGCUGUGAUAGAGGUAUGCGUGGGAUAUCAUGGGCCACCGGGGAGGGGUACCUAACUCAGCUUUGAGAAUUUGAGAAGAGGAGGAGCUGACACCUGCUUGGUGUUGAAAACAAAAAAGCCUGUUUGGAGGCUUCAGUUUUCUGCUCUGUAGUAUAGUUGUCUCUGAGGGUGGGGGUAGGGUCCAUUUUGGGAUGGAGUUUUAUUGUGAAUGAACAAAAAGGGAUAUCCACUGAAGUCGUAUCAACCAGAGUAAUCCUGCCAGUCAGGAGGGGUGGAGUGAGAUAUGUACUAGCUA